AUGACUCCUGAAGUUCAGGGAGGUCUUUGGACAGAUGCUUCACAAGGUUGUAAAAUUGUUAUGAAGCAAGAACGAUUAAUUGAGGGUGAUUUCCAAGUGUUGGGCGAUUCGUCAAGCUCAAAUGGAGUUGAUACUCCACAAGUUGGGAUGUGUUUUUCAGCUGAAGAAGAAGUUCGCGAUUUUUACAAAUCCUAUGCCCAGAUUCUUGGUUUUGGUAUUGCAAAGCUGGGUUCCAAAAAAGGAGAUGAUGGCCAGCUGAAGUAUUUUUCAUUUGGAUGCUCUAAAAAUGGUAAGACUGCUCCUAGAGUGAAAAAUUCUUUUUAUCCUAGACCCUGUAGCAAAACGGAUUGCAAAGCAAAGAUUAAUAUUACAGUUCAGAAUGAUGGAUCAUGUGUCAUUACGAGUAUUCAACUUGAACACAAUCAUGCAUUAAGUUCAAGAAAGUCAAGACAUUUUAGAUGUAAUAAAGUGUUAGAUUUCCAAACUAAGAGGAAAUUAGAGUUGAAUGAUCAAGCGGGAAUAACUUUAAGUAAGAGUUUUCAAUCAUUUGUUGUUGAAGCUGGUGGCUAUGAAAACUUAUCGUUUGAUGAGAGAAAGUGUAGAAAUUAUGUGGCUGAAUCACGGAGAUUAAGGCUUGGGAAUGGUGAUGUAGAAGCCUUGAAUAAUUACUUUUAUCGUAUGCAAAGUAGAAAUUCAAAUUUCUUUUAUGUGAUUGACGUAGAUGAAGAUUCUCGCAUAAGAAAUAUAUUUUGGGCUGAUGCAAGAUCUAGGGCUGCAUGUGAUUCUUUUUCUGAUGUCAUUACAUUUGAUACUACAUAUCUUACCAAUAGUUAUGAUAUGUCAUUUGCUCCGUUUGUUGGAGUAAAUCAUCAUGGUGAAUCCAUAUUACUUGGUUGUGGUUUGAUAUCUAAAGAAGAUUCUGAAACUUUUAUUUGGUUAUUUAAAUCAUGGUUGACAUGCAUGAGAGGACGAGCUCCACGAGCUAUUAUUACAGAUCAAUGCAAAGCCAUGGAAAUUGCAAUUGUUGAGGUAUUUCCGAACUCUCAUCAUCGUUUAUGUCUUUGGCAUAUUAUGAAAAAACUUCCAGCGAAGUUUAGUAGUCAUGCCAACUAUAAGUUGAUAAAGAGAAACUUGAAGAAUAUUGUUUACAAUUCUAUGACAUCUGAAGAAUGUGAUAGCAACUGGAAAAAAUUGAUCGAAGAAUUUAACUUGGAGAAAAAUGAUUGGUUGAAUUCUUUAUAUGAAAUUCGUCAUAAGUGGAUGCCUGUAUAUGUGAAAGAUAAAUUUUGGGCAGGGAUGUCAACAAGUCAAAGAAGCGAAAGUAUGAAUGCAUUUUUUGAUGAUUAUGUUCAUUCAAAAACAACUUUGAAACAGUUUAUUGAACAAUAUGACAAUGCUUUGAAAAGCAAGAUUGAAAAGGAAGAUAAUUCUGAUUUUGCAUCUUUCAAUUCAAUCAUUCCAGUUAUCAGUGGCAAUCCAAUUGAAAAACAGUUUCAAAGUAUGAAGUGUUUGUGUCGUCUCUUUGAGUUUCGUGGAAUUGUGUGUAGACAUUUGAUGUCAGUUAUAGUGAAAAGAAAUAUCACUAUAGUUCCAGAAAAUUAUAUAUUGGAACGAUGGCGCAAAGACAUUAAACGUGGAUAUCAAGGAAUCACCAAUAUAUAUGAUGAUUCUUAUCAUCAUGCAGAGGAACGACAAAGAUAUAAUAAUCUUCAACCAUUGUUACAAGAAGUGGGGCAGCUUGGGUCAAAAAAUGAUGAAAGGACAGCAAUAAAAUAUAUGAAGAAUCAAGAAAUGAGAGCAAACAGUUUCACAGUCCUCUAA